CUUUCUAUCUUUCUUUGUUUUAUUAUACUUUUUCCUCUUGCCGAUCGUUCACGCGAACGAGAUCGCAUCCGCGGCGUUCGCGCGCGUGCGACGCUUCGCUCCGGUAUCGGCCGAAGUUUUCCGGAGCCGGUCGCGUGUGUGCUACGACUUUGGAAAUUUAGAGGAUCAGCAGCCGAGGACCCAGGAUAGUAUUUUCGCCAUCGCCGUCGGCGAUCGUUGUCAGACGGGGCUUAACAGAGUCGUGACUGACGAUCUACCAAACAUGUUACGUCUCGUGAGCCUUCUAUUUCUAUGUAUCGCUGCUACGUACACGCCUGGCCACUGCAAGACAGAGGCAUCGCGAGAUGUCGAGCAUGCGAGACUACCAGAGUUCCUCACGGAAUUGGACCUGUCGAGUCUUGAGGUAUUCGAAGAAGACGUCGAAGCACUGAAGAAAAUCGUGAAAAGGCUGGCGCCCGAAAAGAACGGCGAGUACCAAGUUUACCAAGGCGUGACGGGACAGCCCGGAGUGGAUUAUCCAGCCCUCACGUCGAUUCCAGCCACUUCAUUCAGCUGUCGCGGCCUGAGAGGGGGAUAUUACGCGGAUUUAGAGACAAAUUGCCAAGUAUUCCACAUCUGCGACAAUGGACGUAAGAUCUCGUUCCUGUGUCCCAAUGGCACGAUCUUCCAGCAAUCGCAACUUAUAUGCGACUGGUGGUUCAAAGUGGACUGCAGCAAAUCCACAGAGUUGUACGAGCAGAGUGUCGAGCAAUUGGCCGAGGAAGAGAAGAAACGUACGGAAGCGAGAAAGAUGAAAUCCGAGUUUCAUCGCGAAGCAGAGGAACAAAAUAACGCGGAUUACUACGAGAACGUUGACUACGAUGGCAGACAAAACGGUAGAACGAAUCCGUACGGUCAAACCACCGACAAGCAGAAUCAGAUUUCGGAAAAACAGAAUGAACCAAAGUCUAAUCAACACUUCGGGCCGAACAACGUUUUCGAGAACACUCGUGGUUCCGGUCGGUUCCAAGAAAAUAAUGCGAACGCAUUACGGACUAACGAGAAAACGAGUCAGAUACCCGAUAAUUACGACCAGCCGUCGAAACAGCGACAAUAUCAUGAUAGCGGAUCGAAUUAUCAGGUAGUCAAUAGACAGAGAAAUCAAUUGGAUACCCAGAAUAGCAAAUUCAAUUACGAGCACAACAAUAAGUUCCAGGAUAAUCGGCAGAAUUAUCAGAGUAACACGCAGAAUUAUCAAUCUAAUCAGAAUACGCCGAGCAGCAACGACAAGCCGGCGUUCAAUAAUCCGAAAUCACGAACUUCGACGCGAAACAAUCUGUUUAGUUCCAAUCAGCCACAAAAAGCUACACCAACAUACAUGGAGACGACAACCUUCAGAACUACAACACCGGUGCCUCCGAAAGAAUACCAACAGUUUGCGGAAAGCGCCGCAUUCGUGUCCAACCGGGGACAUCGCUUCAACUCGGGCAAAUCCGAGAAUACUCGACAGUAUUAUUAUCAUUCGUACGAUUACCGAGAUCAUACCACUACCGCUAGCUACCGCGGUCACGAGACGACUACCUCGACGCCACAGAGAAACAGAGAGAGUGAAACGGUAUCCUUUACACCUAAGACGGGCGCCCCACCGUACCCUGGUCCCACAUACGCUCCUAUCUAUAAGCCCAGGACAACGACGUUGCCACCUUAUGAAACAACAUUACAGUAUACACCGACCACUGAAACGUCGCACUACAGCACUUCUUACUAUAAGCAAGAUGAUGUUCCGGAAACCACUUACACUAAUGCUGACACCACGACAGUGACAUCGUUUCCCUCCGCAGAGGAGUUCCCAACUAUGUCUAGCUCUCGAACCUCUCCUGCUAUAGGAAGAAUACCACCAGCCUCCGGGAAUUAUCAAAAUCAACAGUACAUUGAUAAUAGGGUAACUGAACAGAGAGACAUUGAUACUUCUUUCGCAACUACGCGUCCAUACGUGAAUACAGAAAGCUAUCGGCAUAACGCUGCUAACAUCACUUCAUCUGUCAGUCAAGAUGCGUUUCCCACGACCAAUGUGCCAUGUUACGAUGAGUGUCAUGAGCAAACCUACCGCGCUAAUUAUCAAAACGAGAAUAGUAUCACGAACAUUGAAAACAAAAGUACAACGGGAGAUCCUUGGCGUGCGACUUUGCAAAGCUUCCAUCAGAAUUCAAUCAGCUCGACUGAGAAGCCGGGGAGAAGCACCAAUGGUUAUCAGCAGAGCGGAUCUACCAGCAAAACUUUAAGUCCUUACGAGACCAGUUUCACCUACAAACAGGGGAAAGUGCUGUCCACUUUAGGCCCAUACGUACCUUUCACUAAAAACUACGUUUACUCCACAAUGACCACUACGCCGACGCCGAAACCGCCGACCACUGUGCCGACAUAUAGUUCCACUCUGACAAAUUAUCGCAUCACGGCCAGCAAUCUGAUACCCAAGGUGAAAUCGUCGCCUCUGACAACAAGCAAGCCUAAAGACAGAGCGACUUAUUUACCUGAGGUUGGCAGCAAACCACCACCGACUUUAGAAGAUAGACCUUACGCUGAACGGGAACACGCGCUCAGCAUGUUGCACUCUCUUCAAGGUUUAGAAAAUAACGGAGAAAAUCUGAGUGAAAUUGCGAAGGAUGGAAGCAGCCGAAAUGGGCCCUCUGCGCCCGGUCCAUCUACUUUGCAUUCGUUAGCUCUAUACUUUGCCACAGCUGGCGACAAUCUCGACUCCAAUGAGACUAUCGAAUCUACCGCAAGUGUCGAGGAAGUCGAGGGUAGAGAAGGCAACCACUCGCAUAAUGUGUCUGUCGAAUUACCGACCAGCAUUCUCACACAACACACCAUCUCGUCAUACGUUGAACUGUUCAAUUUAAACAAUGCGCUCGAAGGAAAUGCCACAAUGGCUGAAUUCACGUCAGAAGCCGAUGAUCUUAGCGGCGAAAUAAACGACGAUUUAGAAAUCGAACAGAGCGAGGGUCCAGUAAAUGGCGCGAAAAGAUCGAAUAACACCAAGCUGCGCGAACUGGCCCAGGUCUUUACUCAUGCUCUAUCGGCAUAUCUACAGGAUCCGGAAACCUUUAAGAAGGUGCUCACAGAGAUCAGGCCCACGCAACCGACGACGACGACCACCGAUGAUGGUCAGUUUGAAAUGACGACAUUGUAUCCAACUACUGCGGAAGAGUAUGCAUCAGUCACCAAAGAGAAGGAUGAAGUCCUGGAUUUUUCGGACGAUACCGACGUUACCAGAAGACGUAAACCAACCACUAUAUUCCCCACCACCUUACAACCACCUGUCACCACCGAUAAAUCGUAUUCGACUUACUAUACGACGCCGUAUGAUGAAUAUACAACUUUAGAGAGCCAAACGCGAAGGCCAAUUUACUAUCCGAGUACGACAUUGUUACCGCCCAGUGCUUCAUCACGCGAUUCGAGAGAUUACGUCGAAUCAUCAACACAGGGUGGUAAUACGUUUGCCUUCGAAGUGAAUCGCGUUUUUACUACAACUAUGAAUGAUAUUCAAAAUUACGAUGGCGAUACAAGGGAUACGACAGAUCUGUCAUCGGUCUACGACAAUUAUUUCCCAUUGGACGAGUAUGAAAAUAGAAAUAAGAUCGGUGGUUUCCAAAAUAAUACGGCAAGGACCUUCCAACCGUACGGUAAAAACGUCAAACCGAUCGGCGCUACACCUAUAAGCAAUUACAUGGCGUCGUCGACGGUGGCGUCUUUUGUGAAAGGAACAACUUCACCUAGCUGGGGUAGAGGCUCGGCUGGUGAUAAACCCGUUCAAAAUCUCACACCGCCUCCUUAUCAUCCACAUUUCGGUAAUGUGAAGAGUUUCACCGCGUCAAACAGUAUUCUGCCGAAUCAGGUGGUGCGUUCAACGACGCCUCUAUCGAGAAGCAAACCCUUCUACCAGACCGCCAGCACCACAGUUCAACCAUUCAGGAUACGUUACUACGAAUCAACGACAGCGCCAUCCGAAUCUCUUGCCACAGCUCGCAGUUCGUACGCGAAGUACAGAAACAAUUACAAGUUAGAGAAUAAUCACAGAGAAGUCACUCGUAAGCCUUUGGCAACAACGACGGCAACAACAAUUCGGGACAACAUAAAAACACUAGAUCCCAUUACUGCGACCGUCAGCGAAGCUACUCCAUAUACUGCUACUGUUAUUCGCGCUACUAAUAAUCCGACGGACGCCUCGACCACGAGACAUUCCAAUCUACUCAAUGAUGAUCAUUGGACUUCUUCGCCUAUGGUCACUCAGCUCUGGGAAACAACGGUGUUCGUAGAUCCUCGACAUAUUAAUCACGGUCUACAGUCGAACGUCGGCACCACUCAGUUGCCCGACACAACUGAUAAUGCUAUUAGUGAAGAAUCAGAACCCACUACGAGCACUGCGAGGUCGUCGAAAUUGUCCGCUGUAGAUCUCGACGUGACAACGGAAUCACGAACAACCAGCACACCGAGUCCAUGGCAAUGGGCGACGAGCGACAACGAUCCACCCGUAACGUUUACUCUGCUACCAACAACCUUUACCGCAGAAAACACGGCAACGCCAACUCCGAUUAUCACGACGCGAUCGAGCAUAACGACCACGAUUACCUCUUCGGUGACAUCAACCAAUGCUGUCUCCCGGGACAAUUUAGUAUCCACUCUGCUGCCAUUCGCGCAAGGCAAUGCGUUGAAUGCCACCGAGAGCGAAGUGAUCAAAGCGCACGAGAUGUUCGGUAACUUAAACGAGACGAGUUCGAACACACUAAUGCGAGUGAUGAAACAGGCCGAUAGCAAUGCAACAGUAAGACAAUUGGUACUAUUGCUGAUAAGCCAUUGUAAUGGUCCUAGAAACAAGACGAUGGAGCAGGAGAAGGAACAACUGUUGGAUGCACUUCUGAGGAUGCCUGUUAACGAGUUCAGUUCGGAAGAAUCGCGAGAAAUCAUCGCUGGCAUCAACAGACUUAAUUUUUCAAUUCCUAAACCACGAGCGGCUGCUUUAUCGAAUUUCACGACGAUAAGGACUCCUCGAGCAUCUACGAGAUUCACGCCAUCUUCACCAUCUAUCACAACAUUCCGCAGUAGAACGGGACGAAAAUUCCGUACGACCACUGAGAGUGCCAAUGCCUUUGCCAGAAGAUCGGACGACGCUGUCUCGGAGAAUAAUUCAUUGUCGGAGAACGAGGCUACCGCUUCUGACAGCCGAGCCCUCGAACUCCUCAGGUCGCUUUACACGGUAGCCGCUAAGUGGGGCUGAGAAGCCGCAUAAUCGACGACCGAUCGGAACUACGCGCGCGUCGGAAGACUCGUGAGAUGAAGAUCUCGCUGGAAUAUCAGAAGACGUUCACCUGUCAAUACAUUGGAGUAGAUCGUUGCUGUCAUCCAUCGUGUCACUCCAUUUAGCCUAAAUUCGAAGAUUCAAGCUCCGAACGGUGAAUUGGUUUUGAUCUUGGCCCAUGAAUCGACGUCCAUGAAUAAAUAGAAUAAACCUGCUCUGCGUUUCUUCAGGAGAGAUACGGAACAUCGUACUUCUCGUCGAAUACUCUCAUUAGAAGUCGACAAUAUUAAGUUAUUAUUAAUUCUAAAAUUCUUAAAUUUGACUGCUAUAUUACACUUGCAUGCAAUAAUCGGAAAAUUAGAUUCGAGUCGAAGAUUGGCUUCUUCGAACUUAGAUCGAUAACGCUGCUACGAAGUUUGAUUUAACUUAGGGCCAAGAUUGACACCUACGCUUGCGGAUAUUAAACAGAUUGUGUAACGAUCGAUUUCGGAUAUGUAAAUCUGAGCUGCGGCUGCUUGAUAUCCGCGACCGAGCAUAACUCGUGUCGGUUAAUAUGCGGAGUCCCGAUCGAUCAUCGAUCGAUAAGAUCGCAAUAUAAUAAUUAACCGGCUGUAGUCCGACGUUAAGAUUAUGUAUUGCUCGCCGUUUAAUAUCCUUUUUAUUAAGAAUAAAACACCGAUCGCCUCGUAACAUCGACAACUAUUACUUGAAGAAAAAAAAAACGCCUGCCAUACUUCGUCCCUCCCGUUCAUUGACUUGCGUGAACGCUACACUCAACUUAACUCUCUUCUCUCCAUAAUCAAAGAAGUUCGCACAUAUUAGCAA